AUGUCGGAGCUGCAGGCGGGUGCAGAGCAGCGGCGCGAGGAGCCGAGCGCGCCGGCCUCGUCGCCCUCUCGCUUCGUGCUAGGGCUGGACGUGGGCAGCACGGUGAUCCGCUGCCACGUCUAUGACCGGACGACACGGGUGCGAGGCUCCAGCGCGCAGAAGGUGGAAAAUGUUUACCCUCAGCCUGGCUGGGUUGAAGUUGAUCCUGAUGCUCUCUGGAAACAGUUCCUUGCUGUAAUAAAAGAUGCUGUCAAAGCUGCAGGCGUACAGAUGAAUCAAAUUGUCGGUCUUGGCAUAUCAACGCAGAGAGCCACUUUUAUUACGUGGAACAAGAAAACAGGACAUCAUUUUCACAACUUCAUUAGCUGGCAAGACCUAAGGGCAGCUGACCUUGUAAAAUCCUGGAAUAAUUCUCUUGUAAUGAAGCUGUUGCGUAGUGCCUGCCGAGUUCUUCACUUUUUCAGUAGAAGUAAAGUAAUGUCGACAGCCAGUCACUUCAAUUUUACCACCCAGCAUGUCACCUUAAGGCUGGUCUGGAUUUUACAAAACCUAUCUGAGGUGCGGAAGGCCAUAGAAGAAGACAAUUGUUGCUUUGGGACUAUUGACACGUGGCUGUUAUACAAGCUCACGAAAGGUUCUGCGUUUGCCACGGAUUAUUCAAAUGCCAGUACAACUGGAUUUUUUGAUCCAUUUGGGAUGUGUUGGAGCAAGCUCAUAGCCACCAUAGUUUCCUUACCGCUCUCCAUCCUGCCUCCUGUGAAGGACACAAGCCAUAAUUUUGGAUCAGUGGAUGAAGAGAUAUUUGGUGUGCCUAUACCAGUGGUUGCCUUGGUUGGUGACCAGCAGUCGGCCAUGUUUGGAGAGUGCUGCUUCCAGACAGGAGACGUGAAAUUAACCAUGGGCACCGGGACAUUUUUGGAUAUUAAUACAGGAAACAGCCCUCAGCAUGCUAAUGGAGGCUUUUAUCCAUUAAUUGGAUGGAAGAUUGGACAAGAAGUUGUAUGUUUAGCUGAAGGCAAUGCAGGAGACACGGGUACCGCUAUAAUAUGGGCUCAAAAAUUAGAUCUUUUCACAGACGCUGCCGAGACUGAGCAAAUGGCCCUGAGCCUGCAAGACUCCGAGGGGGUUUAUUUUGUGCCCUCGUUUAAUGGAUUACAGGCCCCACUGAAUGAUCCCUGCGCAUGUGCCUCUUUUAUGGGUUUGAAGCAUUCCACCAGUAAAUAUCAUCUUGUCCGAGCGAUACUGGAGUCAAUAGCUUUCAGGAACAAACAGUUAUAUGAUAUGCUGCAGAGGGAAAUCCAGAUCCCGGUCACGAAUAUCCGGGCGGACGGAGGCGUCUGUAACAAUGCAUUUGUCAUGCAGAUGACUUCAGACUUGAUUAACGCAAGGAUAGACAAACCCACCCACUUCGACAUGUCCUGCUUGGGCGCAGCCACCCUGGCUGGCCUCGCUGUUGGAUUUUGGGCUGACAAAGAAGAGCUACAGAAGCUGAGGCAAAGUGAAAUGGUGUUCAAGCCCCAGAAGAAGUGGCAGGAAUAUGAAGUGAAUAUGGAAAACUGGGUGAAAGCCGUGAAGCGCUCCAUGAAUUGGUAUAGCAAGGCCUAG